AUGCAUCUGAAGGCAUCUCAACUGCAUGCCAGUUCUUUGCAGAGAGAGAGAGAGAGAGAGAAGGAAAGAGGGGUGGGGAGUUUCCAGGAUUGUUUAAGGCUAGUUUUAAAACUGCCAUCCGGAGGAACACUUUCAGUACCUCUGGAAAGCGAGAUGGCCCAGACUGUGCCUCUGUUGCUGUUGGCCGUGCUGAACUCUCUGAGCUGCCACAGUGAAGUGAGGGCCAGGGACCCUGAUGUGGAGGAAGAGGAGGCUGUUGGGACUGGAGGAAGAGCACAUCAUAUGCCUGUCACCUUUGGGAUGCCAUAUGGACAUCACAGCAUCCCAGUGUCUCCAGCUGGCUCAAAAGAGACUAUACGUCUACCUGCAAAAAGAGGGAACUGGUGUGCGUAUGUAAAUCACCGUGUGGUCAUGUCAGCCGUACUCUGCACAGAGACUCAAACAUUGAAAUCAGUGAACCCCUGUCCCGAUGGAGCGCCUGACUGUCAAGUCAUCACGUAUAGGCAGUCUUCACGGCCUGUGUACAAGCAGAAGCAGACAGCACUGUCUUCUACGCACUGGAGGUGUUGCCCAGGCUAUGGAGGACUCAACUGUCAGGAAAAAGGCAACACACAAUCUCCAGGAAGAGACAAACCCCCAGAGGAUGAGAAGCAUGCUUCAAAGUCUGAGGUCAAUGACAAUGACAACUCAGAAGAUCAAAUGGAAACAGACCUAUUGGAAGAUGCAAGCUGGUCUGACAAACAUCUACAGGAGGCUCCCAUUCACGGUUCUUCAGCAAACCAGAGCCCUGUUGGUGUCAAAGAACAGAUCCCUACCUCUCAGCCUCUGCAAUUUCUUGAUUCAUCAAUUCUGCUGUCAAUGCAUCAGUUAAUGUCAACUAUGAUGAGUCAGCUUCAACCAGUGCUGGAAAGCUUCAAUCAAACACUGGAGCAUCUGUCCAGUGAGGUGGACACACUGUCUCAGGACUUGCAGCAGUUGCGGACGGAACAGGACGAUAGCAGAUCCAUCAGCAGAGGUGAAGGUCACAGUGGAUCUAUUGAGCAGAGACUAGAGUACAGCCAUCGUCAGGUCGACCAAAUGAAAACCCAACUGGACGCACAGAAAGACCAGAUGGAGAGGGUCUUUCAGAGCCAACAAGAACUCCUGAAACACAACCUAACAAAACUGAAGGAAGAGAUGGAUGAUCAGAUCAGUCAGAGUCAGGAUGCACAGAUGAAUCUCCGUUCUCUAACUGAAUUGGUUGAGGAGGUGAGACUUGGCCAGAAAAGGCUGGAAGGGGCACUGCAGAGACAGCAUGCUGAGUUUGUCAAUCAAAAUGGAGGCCAGCCAACACAGGCGUCAGGAGUGUGGGAGGCCAUCACUCGGCUAGAUGAGAAGGCACAAAGUAACUCUGUGCAGCUCAGCAGCUUGUCUGACACGUCAAAAGAUUCUGCUAGAAAGAUCAAUGAUCUGCAGAGAGACCUAAUGAUUCUGGGACAGAGCAUAGGGGACGUCAAACAACGCGCUGAGGUCCACUUUGUGGAGACAGGUCUGGAGGUGGAGGCUACUCGCGUAAAGGUGCUCGAAAGCAUUGGGGAACUUACAGAUAACGUAAGUGCACAAGAGGGCCAGUUGAGAGAAAUUGAGCUUGACCUGGACAACAUCUAUCAUCAACUACAAAGAAAUGAUUCGGUAAUUGGAGAGCAGGUCUGUAGCUGCAAAUCUAUGGGAAGUUCACUAGCUAGGUUGGAGCUGGAAGUGGCUAACGUGACACAUUUAACGAGACAGAACCGACUUGCACUUGAGGAGGCAAAUCUAGAUAGGAAUCAGGCCACUCAAAUGGAGGAUCUUCAUCAGGGCCUGCUGAAUAUGAAGGAAUCAUUGGCAUUUGAGCAGAGCAAAAGCAGGAGUCUUCAUGACAGUAUUUCCCAGCUACAGGCUUCACUCCUGAACAGCCAGCAAGAGAUACAAAGCCUGAAAGAGCGGGACGAGGACAAGUCGGCUGAAAUUCAAGGCCUAUCAGCCACCUUCUCUUCCCUCCUGAAUGAUGCUGUACGCCACUCUGAAGUCCUGGAAGUGCUACUCGGAGAAGAGGUCUUGGAAUUCACACGCUGGUCACAAAGCCAAAAGAAAGAGUUCAGUAUUCCAGAUCUUUUCCAGAGAAUGCAUGUGAUGCAGCAAAAGAUUGAGACACAUGAUAGGAGUCUGAAUUCUAUUCGGAGAAAGCAUCCUGACGGAGAUGACAUGAAUAGCGAUGACCCGGUGGCAUACUCAGAAGGGACCACCACAAAGAACCAGAUGAAGGGCACUGAAAGUUACCAGUCCUCAUUAGACCCUUUGACUGGAGAGGAGGAUGUGGAUUACUCGGUCAGUGACUUCUGGAGUCUAGGAAAAGAGGUGGAGCAAUUAGCAGGUAGAAUAACCAUGUUGGAAGAGCGCUGUGGCAACUGUACUGAGCCCCCUGGUGGCUCUGUUGUGGAACUGCAGGCAGAUAUAGCAUACCUACGUCAGAGCCUAGAGCAUCAUUUGGGGAUGUUUCAAAAACUCUUCAGUAAUGCAGAAGAACUAGCCAGCUCGGCCAGAAGCCUGAACCUAUAUGAAGUUUGGAGGUUGGUGAGAAAGAAAGAAGAAAAGAAAAGGAGGGGGCACAAAAAGCAAGAAGAACAGGAGAAAAGAGAAGAAAAGGCUUCCAGUGAGCGACGCAAAAGAUACAGCGAAACAGAACAUGCUCGGUUACCACAUCCCCCUGUGGUGUUCAUCACAAGCCUGGACUACAGAAUAGGGCCAAAUGGGGAGCUCACAUCAAAAAAUGUUGCUGUGAACUACGGUGGUACUUUUAAUCCUACAUCAGGGGUGUUCCAGGCCCCUGAGACGGGACUCUAUCUCUUUUUAGUGACCUUAGACUUUGAGAGAGGCCUUUCAUUGGCUGUUCUGAAGCGCAGUGGAGUUACAGUGGCCUCCCUCAGACAGGAACAAGGGGAAAAGAGGGGACCAGUGAGCCGAGCCUCUCUGCUGGAGCUUCGGCGUGGGGAGGAGGUUACAUUAGAAUUGAUGCAUGGAUCAUUACGAAAAGCGCAGCCUGGGGAUAACAAACUGUCUGGACUAUUGCUCUUCAUUACAGAGCACAAGGACAUGCUGUGAAAAGAACUGGGUGAGCGACAAAGGCAUGGGAGGAUACAUUCAAGUCUGACGCACUGUGCGUCACUGCCAGACAUGCUGUAAUUUGUAUGCAUGUAUCCUCUUCUUGAAGGUGCAAAAAUACUUGUUUAAAUACGUUUUGUAAUUGGUUCUGGAAUAUUCCUAAAAACAGGUCAGAAAUAAGGGGAUGAUGGUUAUAUAGCAGAACAAUUUAGAUACCACCAGACCUUCUAAUAAUAAUGCCUUACCAGUUACUAUGAGGCGAUAUGAAUAAACAAAAGGUACCAAUAGUGAGGGUAAUUCUGUACAUCCAAAAACGAGAAUCCAACAAUUCAUGCAUUCAAAUGAUCACAUUCAAUGCACAUGUCAAUCAAGAAGAAGGAAAAAAAACAUGACUGUGUACUAAAAUAAGGUAAUUUACUUAAAAAUGGAUACAUUGGACUAAUUAUGUGUACAGAACAGCUUUUCUUGGUAAACAUAAGGCAUAUCUCUUAAAACCAGAUACUGUGCACAAUACAGUUAAAAAAAAGGUUCAUAUUAUUCAGGCCAUUUUACAUAUUUCCUUACACAUUAAACAAUUAGGACAAAAAACAAAUUGUGUCAUUUAUCUAAACAGAUAAGCUUAAAUCAGUUAACUUGCAUGAUUGUAAUGGACAGAAUAGGCUUGAGCACAAAACUGCAGCCCAAACAAUGAGAAAAGACACGCACAAGCAAUGCAAGAUCUGAAUCUUCAAAGCAAAAGUUUUAGUACCUCUCUCUCUCUUUCCUUGUACCUUUGUAGAAAUGCAGAAGUGGAAUGAGAUCUUCAUUACUUAAAUUUCACAGGCAGCUAUAAAUCACUGGCAUAAAUACACUCCCAUGAAAUAACCUGAUCUUCAAGAAAUGGCCAACGUGUUUCAGAGGGAAAGGACCCUGGUUUUGAAGUUAAACCUGAAUUCCCCACAAGUGCUAAUAAUGUAUUGCAUGAUUCAAAUCAUUGACUAAGCUUGCAAAAAAGAAAAAUGUGUUCACAUGACCUCAUAA